AUGGCCCCCUCGGCCCCCGUCUCGUGGCAGGAAACGCGGAGCGAAGUCGCGGAGGAGCCGCUCCUGGUCUGCGGGCAGGAGGAAGAGGUAGUAGCUCCCUCUCGCCGGGUUGGGGAGGAGGGAGAGUGUGGUGUGCGUUCCCCCUCUGCUCCGGCCCUUCUCAUGGUGUUGCCCCCACGCUUAGUAACAGACAGCAAACCCCCACAGCCCCGUCAGAGAGACAAAGCAACAAGAGACAAUGGCAUGAAAAAGGGAGAGAAAAAAGGAUUUCAGGAUGCUGGAGACUGUAAGGAAAUUGCUGUGAUUCAUCGGAAUUUCUGGCCCCCUUACGGGCAGGAGCAGCAGAGCCUGCCCCUGGGCACCUACAACCAUGCCCUGUCUCCCCUCCACGCUGGACACCGGGAAAACGCCCGCUCCCCCUCCGCCGAGACCUCGUCGCCGGCGCAAACCUUCGACUGGAUGAAAGUGAAAAGAAACCCACCCAAAACAGGCAAGGCUGGCGAGUACGGCUUCGUGGGGCAGCCCAACACCGUCAGAACUAACUUCACCACCAAGCAGCUCACCGAGCUGGAGAAGGAGUUUCAUUUCAACAAAUACCUGACCAGGGCCAGGCGGGUGGAGAUCGCCGCCUCCCUCCAGCUCAACGAGACGCAGGUGAAGAUCUGGUUCCAAAACCGACGAAUGAAGCAAAAGAAACGGGAGAAAGAGGGGCUGCUGCCCAUCUCUCCUGCCACCCCUACGGGCUGCGAGGAGAAGGCGGAGGAGUCAUCGGAGAAGUCCUGCUCCUCACCCUGCAGCGCCUCGCCCGCCUCCUCAACCUCGGACACGCUCGCUGCCUCCAACUGA